GCCCGUAUUCGUAAUGAAUUAUUUAGUACCCGGAAACAACAGCAGAGUGACAGCUCUGUCCCUUAAAACUUACAGUGCCUGUGUUUCAGCAGAAGGAAACAUCUCUACUACAGAUGAACCAGAUGUUGUUGACCUGACUGCAGCUGCAAACUCAAGAGUGCAGUGACACAGAGGCUCGGCGAGUUUCCUUUUGGAUGUGAAGCGUCCCGAGUGGCCCAACAGAGGCUGCAGUCUGUCGUCGUCUUUUCAUCACUCGGAAGCUCCGCCGGCUGCAGAAACAGGUGCUGGAAUGAACAGGUCCAGAACCAGGAUAACCCGCAGCUCCAGCUCCCAGGUCAGACACCCUGCAGAGUCUCAGGACUCUGGGCUGGCCCCGUAUGGAAAGCAACGAAAGAAGCAGCCAGACUCGGCUCUGGCCCAGGACCUCAGCCAGAUGAGUGUGAGCGGACAGGACAUUUUACGCUCUAGUAAAGGAAAGACGUCCAAAUGUAGCAGUAACCCUGUGAAGGAUGGUGAGUCCUCUGGGUCCAGAUCUGCUCAAAGCAGCCCGUCUGUGUCUGCUGCCAAGUUACCGUCCCGGGGCAGUCUUGCCUCUGUGGCUCGGCUGGUGAAGCUCGGCCGCUGUAAGAAUGUGGUUGUGGUGGCCGGAGCAGGAAUCAGCACAGCCAGCGGCAUCCCAGACUUCAGAACUCCAGGCACAGGUCUUUACGCCAACUUGGAGAAGUACAACAUUCCUUACCCAGAAGCCAUUUUCAACAUUGACUACUUCUCCAACGACCCACAGCCUUUCUUCUCACUGGCCAAAGCUCUGUAUCCUGGCAGCCACCAACCCAACUACAUACAUUACUUCAUCCGCAUGCUUCAUCACAAAGGCCUGCUGCUCCGAAUGUACACACAGAACAUUGACGGACUGGAGAAAUUAUGUGGCAUCCCAGAUGACAAACUUGUGGAAGCUCACGGUAGUUUUGCCACAGCUUCCUGUCACUUGUGUUACACUCCGUAUCCUGCUGAGGAGGCUAAGCAUGCUAUAAUGAAUGGCAACGUUCCCAUAUGCACAUUCUGUGCUGCUACAGUCAAACCUGAUGUUGUGUUUUUUGGAGAGGACCUUCCGCAGAAGUAUUUCCUCCACACAAAAGACUUCCCCAAAGCAGACCUGCUAAUCAUUAUGGGAACAUCUUUACAGAUUGAGCCAUUUGCCAGCCUGGUGAAUACGGUGCGCUCUACUGUGCCACGUCUCCUCCUAAACCGACAUGCUGUGGGUCCCUUUGAGAAGGUCCCACUGCGGAGAGGAGACCACAUAGAGCUGGGUGACCUGGAGGAUACGGUCCGGAGAUUUGCUGAAAUGCUCGGCUGGAAUGACGAGAUCACAGAGCUGAUGAGAAGUCAGGAAACAGCAAGCAUCCCAACGCUGAUAAACGGCGCCCCAUCAGUGAGUGGACAGACGCCUUUCCAGGGCAGAGGUAUGUCAGAGCCUCCAGGCAGGAUGGAAACAUCCAGAUCCAGACCAGGAGGUCAGAGAGCAGCAAGCAGUGGCAGCGAGGAGACGGACUCAGAGACAGACAGCAAGAGCUCUGCAUCGUCCAACCUGAGCAACUGAUGCUGCGCGUUUCAUAAAAGAUGACACUGGAAAGGUUUGAGAGUCUCCUCUCUCCUUAGCUCACACUAAGGACUGUUCUUCUGUUUACUGUACGUGCAUUUGAUUUCUAACCAGGAUUUUUGAAUAAUCUUACCUCUUCAUCUGGGACUCUGUUUGAUGUUCAUGCUAUGUUCAUAUGUAUAAAUCAAAAGGUUUAUCAACUUCAGCAACCAUAUUUAAAGCACUUAUUAUGGAGUUGGGUCCUUCCAGAACACUAGUAAAUGUCUGAACUCUGUAACAAAAAUGUUAAUGUUUCUGCAAGUGGUCUCAUACAAUAGCAACGACUUGUUAAUGUUUUAUAUCAGCACAACACUGUAUUUUAAACAAUAUUUAAUAAAAGUAAUGUGUAAUUUUCA